AUGUCGUGCAGAGCAAACGGUCGCCUGACUUGGUUGGGUAUGUGUGACGUGAGGGACGACUUCCACCUAGAUUGGGAAGGUUCCAAGGACAGGGAUAUGGAGGCUGAGGAGUACGAUGCAACUUCCGCAGAUGACCUUGGCGCUGGCGACGGGAAGGAGAGAUCGGAGACUUCAUCCUCUUCCAGGGUAGAUAUGGCAGUUGCUGUCGGCAAGCUUCCCAUCGAAGAAGGUAACUUCCUCCUUUCGUGGAAGCUCCAAGCUGUUAGCAGUCCAAGGACCAGAGUGUCUGUCUUCUCCCAUAUAAACCUCCCCAACCCGACUCCCACCCUCUCUUCCAUCUCUUCUUUAUCCUUCGUUUGCCAACGACACCACAGCAUCCCUCUACCUUUUUGGACCAACACACAUUCUGCCAGCAUUCCUUUCAAGUCACUUCUUCCACUCAGAAAUACGCCACUCGGCAACAUCAAAAGCCAGGCCACCGAGAUGUUUUCUCUCUCUAUUGUCACUCUGACACUAGCUGCCCUUGGCAUUGCCAGCCCCAUUGACGUCAAGCCUCGUCACCACGAGGAAGUCGAACCUCGGCAUCAUGAAGAGAUUCAACCCAGGUCUCACAAUGUCCCAAGCUUCGAGACACUGAAACGUGAAACAACCACCAACGUGGGCUCUGCCAUCUCCAAGAUGAUUCCCGGCGUUGGAAAUGAUUGGGGAUGCAAUCAUAUCACUGCCCCAAACCCCCUUGACUGUCCAGCCCUUUUCGCAAAGAUACAAUCCGGGCAAAAGGAUGGAGUCACCGUAUCGACCGACAAAACUUGCUUCACCCAGACUCAUGGUACAUGCAAGGCCACCGUCUGCUCAGCUGGUGGAGUUGACAAUGUGGACUAUUCGUUGACAACUGCACGGAUGAUGAACCCGAUUCAAACAACGUGCGUUGUCAAUGGGAAAAGUGGCUACUGGUGGAACGAGAACCACACAUUUGAAGAGGAUCCGAGUGAUGAGGUCCCCGAGGAGGAGGAGCCGCAGGAUGAAGAUCCCGAGGACGAAGAAGACUCUGAUGAUGACGAAGAAUCUGACGAUGAUGAGGACUCUGACGAUGACGACGACUCUGACGAUGACGAGGACCCUGAUGAGGAUGAUGAGGAUGAUGAAGAAGAUGGUGACGAUGACGAAGACGAGGUUGAGGACAACGAAGGUGACGGAGAUGAUGAGGGCCCUGAAGACGAGGAAAUCCCCGAGAAUAGCGAGCCUGUCGAAGAGGAGCCUAUUGAGGGAGAAUUUGUUCGGAGACGGAGACGAGUCUGUUGA